UGCUCACCAAAUAUAGCUCAUUCAUGUCUGCAGAGAAAUUUCCGCUCCGUACGUAUUUAAGAAAACAAAAUUCUCUCUCCCUCUCAUGUUUAUGCAUUGUCAUUCAAACAUUUUCAUCGUAAAACAGGUAUAAACUGUGUUUAUCAACAGAUCAUCGACUUAAAGAUAUCAAUUCUGAUUGAAUCAUUGAUUGGUAUUAAAGACUAGGGAAUUUGUUGAAAUGCUAAACCUUAACAGGUCAAGAACUCAGCCAAGGCCUGCGAGAUCUGUUCCCUUGGGAGGCUUGGAUUAUUCAGAUCCAAAGAAGAAGAACAACUAUGUAGGGAAACUUGUGUUGGUGACUAUUCUCACUAUAAUCUGCAUCUUCUUGCUGAAACAAUCCCCAAAGUAUAACAAUCCAAGUCAGUUCUCACGUCAUGAACCUGGGGUUACUCAUGUGCUAGUAACAGGAGGGGCUGGUUACAUUGGAUCACAUGCUUCGUUACGACUUCUGAAGGAUUCAUAUCGUGUGACGAUAGUGGAUAAUCUUUCUCGAGGAAAUUUGGGAGCUAUUAGGGUGUUGCAAGACUUAUUUCCAGAACCUGGAAGAAUCCAAUUUAUUUAUGCAGAUCUGGGGGAUUCAAAAGAUGUAAAUAGAAUAUUUUCUGAAAAUGCAUUUGAUGCUGUAAUACACUUUGCUGCUGUUGCCUAUGUUGGAGAGAGCACCCUUGAUCCUCUAAAGUAUUACCAUAAUAUCACAUCCAACACAUUGGUGGUAUUAGAGGCAAUGGCGGCUCAUGGAGUGAAGACAUUAAUUUAUUCUAGUACCUGUGCAACUUAUGGAGAACCAGAAAAAAUGCCUAUUACUGAGCUCACUCCCCAGCUUCCAAUCAAUCCAUACGGAAAAGCGAAGAAGAUGUCUGAAGAUAUCAUCUUGGAUUUUCACAAGAACUCAGAUAUGGCUAUCAUGAUAUUAAGAUAUUUCAAUGUAAUUGGUUCUGACCCAGAAGGAAGACUUGGAGAAGCCCCUCGUGCAGAGCUGCGUGAACAUGGAAGAAUAUCCGGUGCUUGCUUUGAUGCUGCACGAGGAAUCACUCCUGGGCUUAAAGUGAGGGGAACUGACUAUAAAACUCGAGAUGGGACAUGCGUAAGAGAUUACAUUGACGUCAAUGAUCUUGUUGAUGCUCAUGUCAAAGCACUUGAAAAGGCUGUCACCUCAAAAGUAGGAAUUUACAACGUUGGAACAGGAACAGGUAGGUCUGUGAGAGAAUUUGUGGAGGCUUGUAAGAAGGCAACGGGUGCAAAUAUAAAAGUGGAAUAUCUCGAAAGACGACCGGGUGAUUAUGCCGAGGUGUAUAGUGACCCAACAAAAAUCAGGGAAGAACUCAAUUGGACUGCAACAUUCACUGAUCUUCAACAGAGUUUGCAGAUUGCUUGGAAAUGGCAGAAAUCUCAUGUCAAUGGCUAUGAAAUGCCGUCCCUGGUUUCUUCAUUCUAACUUCUCUCUCAGCUUUUCAAGAAUCAGACUUUGGUUUUGGAAGAGCCAUGAAGAUGAAGAAGAGUAAAAAUAUUGUUCUUAGGGAGGUGGUAGGCAGCCCAUUAUUUAUUAACUAUUUUUUUUAAUCUGUCUAUAGAUUCUUCAAAGACUCAAAUAACAUAGUUAUUAUUAUUGAUAAAAAAAAAUUAUUUUUUAGUAAGAAUUUGUGUUUUAGAAAAAAUUAACACUAAUAUUAUAAUUAUAGUUAUUAUUCAAAGGAGAUAGAAUUAUACUAAAUAUUUUAUUUGUAUUAUUAAUAAUAUAAAAC